CUCUUCCCGUCAUAUUUCUAUUCCCCCCUUUUUGCUAGGGUUCAUCCUCUCCAAAAGCAGCCACCACACCUUCCGCCACCAAGGCCAUCAAGACCGCCGGCUCCCUCCUCCUCCCUCCGCCACCAAGACCGCCGGCUCCCUCCUCCUCCUCCCUCCGCCACCAGGGUUUUGAUUCGGGUGGUGAUAAAUUUGGGGAAGAUGAUAUCGGUUUCUUCGCCUUCGGUUGUCCGGAGUUCGUUGGAGGAAAUGCUGGAGUCUCUCCAGCGGAGAGACGAGAUCAAGAAGCCGUCGGACUUGCCUCCGGCGUUGCCUGCACGCCCGGCUUCCAAGGCGCGGUUAGGAAGGCGUCUGCUGCCCGCCGUGUUUGGCAUGUCGUCGGAGGAUGGUAACCGUAAGAUGCAAGAUGUCGGUAAUAGUAGUUUUGGCAGGAGGAAAGUUUUGGAAACAGAGGAAUGUGUUGAGUCACCCUACACCAUGGCAGCUGUGCAUGAACAUCGAUUGGCGGAGAACGGUGGGGCCGGUCUUGCCACUGCCCCUUCCCCUGCAUCGUCGGGUUCGGGAUGGGAUACUAGCAUCGAUUAUUACAUCAAGAAGCAACUUCGAGUGUGGUGUCGGCUCCCGACGGGGCAGUGGGAAUUGGGAAAUAUACAAUCAGCUGUUAACGGAAAAGCAUCUGUUACACUGUUGGACGGAACGGUCAUGACGGUGUCUACAGGAGAGCUGGUACCUGCAAAUUCUGAAAUCCUUGAUGGUGUUGAUAAUCUUGUCGCGCUUGGUUAUGUAAACGAGCCGUCAGUUCUAUGUAAUCUCCAGUAUAGAUAUAACCGCGAUGUAAUUUAUACUAUGGCGGGGCCCGUUCUGUUAGUGAUCAACCCCUUUAAAGAUGGCUUGAUUAUUGGAAGUGACGUUAUCACGGCUUACAAAAAGAAGAUUUUGGAUAGCCCGCACGUAUAUUACGUGGCUGACACUGCCUAUAGUGAUAUGAUGAGAGAUGGUCUAAAUCGGUCUAUUAUUAUCAGUGGGGAAAGUGGAUCGGGAAAGAGUGUAACGGCAAAAUUAGCGAUAGAGUAUUUGGUAGAUGUUGGCAGUGACAAUAGUGAGAUAGCAUGCAGAAUACGUGAAUCGGGAUUUAUACUGGAAGCUUUCGGGAAUGCAAAAACGUCAAGAAACAAAAAUUCUAGCCGAUAUGGAAAAUUAAUUGAUUUUAAUUAUAAUGCAAAGGGUAUGCUUCACGGGGCUUGUAUCCAUACACUUCUUCUUGAAAAGUCGAGGAUAUCGCAACUCAGUCGAAGUGAAAGGUCAUACCAUGUCUUUUAUCAAUUGUGUGCUGGGGCGUCCUCUGAUAUGAGAGAUAAACUCAAUCUAAGAAUGGCGAGCGAGUACAAGUUCCUUAAUCAAAGUGGAUGCUUAAAAAUCCAUGAUGUCGAUGAUGCCCACAAUUUAAAAAAACUGAUGGAAGCCAUGGAUGCCCUUCAAAUUUCUCAUGAAGAUCAAGAGCGUAUAUUCAAAUUACUUGCCGCAAUUUUAUGGCUAGGGAAUAUUUCAUUUGAAGUAACCGACAAUGAAAAUCAUGUCACGGUUGUUGUUGAUGAAGCUAGUCGAAGUGCGGCUAGGUUGAUGGGUUGUAAGAUUAACGACCUCACAGUGGCUCUAUCUACGCGUGAAAAUCAAACGUUGACGCUGCAGCAGGCAAUUGAUACAAGAGACGCGUUGGCAAAGUUUGUUUACACAAGCUUGUUCAGUUGGCUUGUAGAAACGAUUAAUAGAUCACUCAAGGGGGACAAAGAGGUUACCGGAAGGUCUGUAAGCGUUCUUGACAUCUAUGGAUUUGAGUCGUUUCAGAAAAAUAGCUUUGAACAACUGUUAAUAAAUUAUGCUAAUGAGAGGCUUCACCAGCACUUCAUUCGACACCUAUUUAAGCUUGAACAAGAGGAGUAUGAAUCAGAGGGCAUUGACUGGAAAAAGGUCGAGUUUGUAGACAACCAAGGUUGUUUAGAUCUCUUUGAGAAGAAACCCGUGGGACUAUUGUCUACAUUAGACGAAGUCUCAAAUGAUUCCGAAGCCACCAGUUCAACCUUCGUUAACAAGCUCAAACAACGAUUAAGUUCCACUUUAUCGUUUAACGAUGAAAAGGGAGCCUUUAAGGUUCACCAUUAUGCUGGCGAGGUUCAAUACGAGUCAACCGGGCUCUUGGAAAAAAACCGAGACGAAUUAAAUUUGUCGGAUACCAUCCUAUUUCUCUCGUCAUGCUGCAAGACUUUUUUAACCGACGAGUUGAACUUGUCUGAAACGGAUAAACUAACCGUCGCGACAAAAUUCAAGGGCCAGUUGUUCAAACUACUUCAAAGAUUAGAAAAUUCAAAGGCACAUUUCAUCCAUUGCAUGAGACCGAAUGGUAAACAGCUUCAAGGAAUGUUUGAAAAAGAUAUCGUCUUGCAGCAGCUGAGGUGUAACAGGGUUUUGGAGACUCUGAAAAUGUCGAAAUCCCGAUAUGCUACGUGUAUGACGCAUCAAGAAUUUGCCACUAGGUUUGGCUGCCUUCUUUCGGAGAAUACUCGUUGUCAGGAUUCAUUGAGUGCAUCUAUUGCUAUUCUGCAACAAUAUCGUGUUCUUCCAGAAAUGUACCAACUUGGAUUUACAAAAAUAUAUUUUCGAGCGGAUCCGGUUAGUGCAUUGGAGAAACUUAGAGAACAAGGCAUGCACAAGGUGGAAAACCAGUUUCUUGGCGGCAGAGUUGUCUGUGGCUUCCGUGAACUAUCGUCAGGAAUCGUCACAUUGCAAUCAUUCAUUCGGGGUGAAAAUUCAAGGAAGGGCAAUGCUCUAAUAAAAUCUAGUCACGGGCUUACACCAAAAUCACCCGAUAAUUUGACAGCGGUUGUACAUAUACAAGCGGUUACUCGUGGGUGGUUGGCGCGAAGGUAUUUCCAUCAUUUAUGCAGGUGGAAGAAAUCAACCAGGCAAAAGGAUAUUAUGAUACAAGAAAAUAGCUCCUCGGAUGUUGAAGAGCUGCGGAAGCUAGUUAAGAAUGCGGAAGUGUCAAUGAGCGAAAAAGAGCAAGAAAAUACGGCACUAAGGGAGCAAUUGAGACAAUUCGAAGCGCGGUGGUCAGAACAUGAAGGCAAGAUGAAGACGGUUGAGGAAACAUGGCAAAGGCAGAUAACUUCUUUACAAAAGAGUCUGUCGGCAGCCAAGAAGAGUCUUGGUGCAGGCGAACCCGGGGAUGCUGCUUCGGGAACUCAAAAUUCCGAUGGUGGUAGUCUUGUGGAUAACCUAUCCAAGGAGUUGGAACAAAAACAACAGAAUUUUGACGACGAUGCAAAAGCCAUUGUUAUCGAAAGAAAAAUGUCAUAUUCUAAGCAAAUAGAGGAAUUCAGAAAAGUGAAAGAGAGAUUCGAGGCGUGGAAGAAAGAGUACAAGAAUCGGUUAAGGGAGACAAAGGCAAAACUGGCAAAUAGUGAAGGCGGAAAGCAGUCGUGGUGGGGGAAGAUAAGCAAGAGAUACACUCCCGCUUAAGCCAGUAGUUUAGGACCGCGGUUUUGUGUGAUCAUGUGUAGCCACAUUGUGUGAUCACGGUUUUGUUCAAGUCGACCAUCAAGCGUUAAGGAAGUUGACUGGUGGGAUUCCGACGGAGAAUGCGCGGUUUAUCUACUCUUUUAUGAUAUCAGGGUUUACAUAUCUGUAAAUGUUUUAGCAUGUGAGUUUUGAAUUUCUUGGAAUAUAGAACAUGAUGGUGUCAAUGGUGAAAAUUUAUGAAAAAAGCAAACUGUUUUUAGUCAAUGAAGUUUUUGAUAUGUUUAAACUA